CAAAGGUCAUUAAGUAAACAUGGCAGUGUUCAAGAUGCGCGGGUCUCUUCUUCCUCUAUGUUUUCUGUCUCUGUUGUGUUUUUUGUCCGGUUCUGGCGUUACCGCGCAAGGAACAUUCAACUGGGCCUCCUACUAUGGGAACCACAUGGUACUACAGCAGGGGCCACACAGGGCUGUACUCUGGGGGUAUGGAGAGGUGGGAGCUACUGUCAAUGUCAGUGCCUGGGGCGCAGAAACAGAUGGUUUCUACUCAACAACAGUUUAUGAAGGUUAUGACGGGAGGGGUGUUUGGAAAGUGACGUUGCAGCCGACAGCGGCAGGCGGUCCAUACCAGUUCCAGGGUGUCCACGACAACCAGGGGAUGUUACAGUGGAUCCUGCUGAAGGACGUGAUGUUUGGAGAUGUGUGGGUGUGCAGCGGGCAGAGCAACAUGGAGUUCACUGUCAGACAGGCCUUCAAUGCAUCAUAUGCUAUAGCUGAGGCAGCAGACUUCCCCGACAUCCGACUGUUCACAGCAGACCUGGUCCAGUCAGACAAACCUCUGUAUGACUUGGACAAGAUCCUACAGCCCUGGUCUGUGGCUAGUUCUGACAGUGUUGGAGGUGCAGACUGGAAAUACUUCUCUGCUGUGUGCUGGUUCUAUGGUAGAGAUUUGUACAACCACCUGGGCUACCCCAUCGGACUGGUUGCGACGUCUUGGGGCGGUACACCUGUGGAGGCGUGGUCAUCUCCGACGGUGUUGGAGAAGUGCAACAUUACAAACAGCCAUGAAGAAUCAGAAGACUUGCAGUAUGCAGGCCCGGAGGUGGGAGGGCCCAGUGGACACUCAGUGCUGUGGAACGCUAUGGUUCACCCCCUACUCAACAUGACCAUCACAGGGGCCAUCUGGUAUCAAGGAGAGGCUAACACGGGCCACCCUGACACUUACUCCUGUUCCUUCCCCGGGAUGAUUGACAGCUGGAGGAAGGAGUGGUACAUGGGGUCCGGGGGACAGACGGAUCCAUACUUUCCUUUCGGAUUUGUGCAGCUGUCUACAACUGGCAAACCAAGUGACACCGGCAUGGGCUUCCCUGCCAUCAGAUGGCACCAGACAGCAGACUACGGCUAUGUCCCCAACCCAGCCAUGCCUAACGUCUUCAUGGCAGUGGCCGUGGACCUUCCUGAUGCAAAAUCACCAUUUGGCAGCAUCCAUCCGAGGGACAAACAGGACGUAGCCAGCCGAUUGGUCCUUGCUGCCCGUGCAGUAGCCUAUGGGGAGACUGAUGUGAUGUUCCAUGGUCCGAGACCUGUUAGUGUGUCCGUGGAUGCCUCUACUAAAAACAUUGACUGGAUCUACCCAAAAGACAUGAACAUCACUGUCAAGUCUAAAGAUGGCUUUGAGGUGUGCUGCUCCAAGGACUUGUCGCAGUGUGACAUGACGUCGAAAGAGUGGUCCCCAGUCCCCAUCGUGUCCAGCACCUCCUAUUCCAUCACCCUGCAGCUUAGCCAGGACUGCUGGGAAGACGUCACCUACAUCCGCUACCUGUGGAAGCAGUGGCCCUGCGACUUUCAAGAGUGCGCUGUGUACUCCGCAGAAAACGAUUUACCGGAGCCGCCGUUCUUCGGUUGCAUGUUGGAGCCAGACAAAAAGCCGCCCUGUUAAAAUGGCCAAAUAUGUGCAAUGUUAUACCUCAGUCUGUGAGGUAUUGUUUUGGGGGUCUUUAUUUGUCUGCUUUUACCAGACAAGAUGCACCCUUGCUAGACAGGGAUAGAAUAUGCACAGUCGGUCAAUUUUGGAACAGUCAUAUAUGUCAUGGGAUCAUUGUACGAUAGUUGUUAACUGAUGAAAUUCUCAGGGUACAAUGUAGUAAUGCAUUCAAGUAUUUCCUGCAAAAUUCAGGGUGUUGAGUGCUGUAGAAAUAUUCAAAUAAUGAAUUUCAAAAUAUGUUUUAACAUUUUGUGUUAAUGACAACAAAUUUUCUCAAAACUUCUGGGGCAUUUUGAAGAAUAUGAGUUUUCUCUGGUGGGUAUGACAGUGAGUGAAGUCCGCAUCACCCUUGAUCCCAGCCCUCCCGCAGGUCGGGCUGAAAUCUCAGAAGAUACGUAAUAGGCCAUGCUGUAUUCUAUACGUGUCAUUCCUUAUUGGCAGUUUGUCACAGCUUGUUAGAAAAUUCUGCAACAUAAAAAAUAUAGUUAUACAAGGACCUACAACGUAUGUGACCAUGCCAUCAUCAACUAUCCCGUUUUUAAAAAGUACAGAUUCAUGAUCAUUUACCUUGAAGAAAAAAUUUCCCUGGAUUGUAAAUUUAAUGCUACAUAUUGAUAUUACUAAAUAAAUGGGCAUAUCUGGAAUGAAUUUUAAUCAGAUUAUCCGUGCAUGUGCAUUAUUAGAAAUUAUUGUGAAUUUUAUGCUAGAAAGUUUAAUAGGUGUGUCAGAUGUACAUGUACAGUACCAGAAAUUACUUCUUUUUAUGUAACUCAUUGACUCUGCAAUUUUAUACCAGGAAGUUUCAUCUAUGCCCAAAGUACACCCGCACAGUUUACUUCAAAUGCAAUGUUAGACUAUUCAAGCACCUGGGAAUUUGGGUUCACUUGAAUUGUAUUUGCCAUUUGCCAGUUCAUUUUAUGCAAUUAUGCGGAUGGUGCAAAAAAGAAAAGUUAUUCAGCUGGACUGCAUUGCUACUGGACUUUGGGAAUCCAUGCAAUUAACAGAGGUGUGCAGUUAUCCGUUGUGCAAUUAACUGGUUUCUUCUGUACUGUCAUAAAAAUGAUGGUAAAUAUGACAAUAAUCAUGUGGUGCCAUUUUAUAACAUUGCUUAAUUUGGUAAAGUUAACCAAUAUAGCCUUGAUUGUGGACAAAAGAAUCCAUGCCUUUUAUCUUCCACAACAUUCCCCCAUUGAUUUGAUACACCCUGUCAAAUUCAAUGCUGUUGAUUAUGGAUUGUAAUGAUUUGUGUUUUGAAAGAACGAAUAAUGCAAACAACUUGGAAUAGAAUUGUCUAAUAUUAUUGGUUUUAUGAAUGUUGUCGGAAUGUUGAAUGGAUUGUGACUACAUGUGUACAUUUUAAACUUUCAAUAGAAUUUUUUGUCAUUGCUCUGUGCCUUCUGAAUUAGCAUUGAACAUUGUGCAUUAUGAGUAUUAACUUAACAUGUACUAGAUGUACAUCUACAAUUCUAGAAUUCAAAUUCACUAGAAUGAAUGUAGAAUAUAACCUUGUCAGUGACAUAAAUUAUAAGGAGGAAACUAUUACUGCUAUGCAAAUAUCACUAAGUCACUGUAAACAUUGUCAAGAUUCUUUGUAUGCAACCAAGACUAGUGUUUUAUUCAACCAACAUUUUGGUGACCGUCUGUCACCUUCCUCUGUGCAAUUCUGACUGGUUCACAUUGCACUGCAGCAAAGGUUUCGCUGUAAGUUACAGAUGCGGUCCUAUUAUAACCGUAAAUUGAAAUGUUGGUCCAAUAAAACACUAGAAUCUUGUUAUUCUGCUAUGCAAAUAAGAAUAGAUUGUCAACCUCUUUCAGAGAUGUAUUAAAAUUCACUCUUGGUGCGAAAUAAAGUAUUACCAAAGGCA